UCUUUGUUAAGAGAGUGAGGUCGCCAUUUUAAUAAAGCCAGACGGUACACUUCGACACUCGUCUGAUUGACUCCUUCAGAGCCAAUCCGAAUGGAGGACUUACUGGUCUUCACUUAUCCUGAUUGGUGGAAGGAACCAUGGGAGAGCCCAUCAUAUGUUCUCUUGAACAUAUAACAGAAUACUGUUCCCUCUUAAAAGAGGAAACCGUGGAAGCCUCCUCAAGACGGACCAUGGCUCGACUUCAGCUACUGAUCAUCUCUCUGCUUGUUCUUCACGUUGCAGCGGUCAUCAGGAUCCCUCUGAAGCGUGAGGUACUCAGCGUAGAGGUGGAAGCCGACAUGGACGUACAGGACCAGGGACUGGAUGAGGAGUGGAUACUCAAGGAGUUAGAGGAGGAUGACGAAGAGGCAGUUGCUGACAUCUCUAAAACGACGGUGCUGGGAGAAACGCAUCCAGAUAACCCAUCAGCAUCACCGUUUAAAACACUCAUUCUGCACCACAAGGAGGUAGAGGUCACCCCCAGACACCAGCACCAGCACAAGCUCCACGUGUGUGUGUCACGUUUCCAUGCGCACAGACGCAGCCUGCAUGGGGAGCAGUGGGUUCUGGGAGAGACCUUCCUGCAACACCUCUACACCGUGUUCGACCGCGACCAGGACCGCGUGGGCUUCGCCCCUCUGAAGAGGCACAACUCUGGACCCAAGCCCCACUUGCCCCCUGGCAGUGCCGCUGAUGGUCUCCCGGAGUCACUGCUGGUGGGUUAAGGCUGUGGGGGAAUCUGCCCCAGAAGCCUCUAGGGCAGAGAUGACAGGCUGUCGCUUUGGGCAGUAAGAGGCUUUAUGAUCCAAGUGCAGAGCUGCUGUUAGCAGAUGCUGUUUGCAAACCUGUUUCUGGUUUCCUUAAUAAUGCUUCAAAGCUAAUAAAGUAGACUAGUUUGAAUGCA